AUGUUGCAAUAUGCGAUACCUCCAGCCUUCAAAGACAAAUUGGAGGUGAUCAAUGCUCACGACCAGCGAUCGGACGACGAGAUCCUUGAAUCUCUACGCUGCCACGUACCUGUUGUAGGCGAGAAGAACGUAUGGGCCUACUGGGAUGGCGGAAUUGAUCAACUGCCAUCGUGGUGUAGGCGCAACGUGAUUGAUUGGGUUCGCAUCUGCGGUCCAGACUGGACUGUUCGCGUUCUUGACAACGUGCCAGGGUCGCCAAAUCAUGCUCUGGAGUUCGCACUAAAGGAGAUGCUUCCCAGAUGCUUUAUCGAGGGUACCAUGACUGGAAAGCAUGUCGGGCAGCAUUCAUCUGAUAUGAUCACUGGGGCAUUGUUGUACACCUACGGCGGUGUGAAAAUGGAUGUUGGAUGCAUUCUUUUCCGUGACUUGGAUCGUGGUUUGUGGUCUGUCUUAGAGGAUCCUGAGUUACCAUACGAGAUCGCCGCGCCAAUUCAAUUUGCGCAGUAUUUGGCGAAUCACUUUCUCGCGUCGAGAAAGGGCAACCCGUUUAUCAAAAGAUGGCACGACCUUUUUGUUCAUCUUUGGGAAGACCGUGAGACUAGUGAGGGUAUAAACACCCAUCCACUGUUAAGCCACGUGAAAGAAUCCUUUUCCCUCUCUGAAUCCAAGAGCAAGGGCUUCAAGUGGGACUUCAAGGUCUCUUUCGAGGAGCUCCUGGAUUACGUCGCCCAGAAUGCGUGCUGGGCACGAGUGUGCAUGGUCGAGGGGGGCGAUGACGAUUCUUUCAACGCAUCUGAGUACUGGAUGUCGCACGUCCUCGCCAUCGACGUGCUACAGGAGCACUGGGCUGCGAAGACUCUCAUCGGUGGGGAGAACUUCGGGGAGCGUCUCUAUGAGUUAGUUCCAAUAUCACGCACCUGCCUAUCACCCUUAGGCGGCUGGGGGGUCGCCAAGACCGCCAAGGUCAGCUUGGUCCCUAUCGUAUGGAACCAAGCUCUGCUUAUCAUGUACUCUCAUAUUGGCCAAGCUUUUACGGUAGUAUCGGUCAACCUUUGGUGCUUCCCUCCGCUCGGGUUCGAUGGGCGAGAUACUGUCAACAUGGUUCGCAUCAACUCUGCAGCCCUUUUGGGCUCUGCCAUUGUUGGUUUGGCCAGCGCAGCUGGCGCUGGUACCAAGGCUGAGUAUGCGUCCGGUGCCGUUCACCAUCGCAUCAUGGGCAUCAAGAUGGCUCAAUGGGAAGAGGAAGCUGCCGCCGGCCUCAUGGACAGUGCCAAGUACCCCGAGCUUGGCUACACUCCUUGCGUUGACGGCUUCGCUGCCGCAGUCCCCGGAGACUUCAAUAACACCUUCAGAUGCAGAAAUAUCGAUCUGUACCACUUCUUGUCUCACGAGCAGCUUGGCAGCUGGGGCGGAAGAGGUUCAUCUUCCUGGGGUUGGACUUCGGCAGACGGGAGAGAAUUCGUCGCCAUUGGCCAAUACGACGGCACUGCCUUUGCCGAAAUCAGCAAGGAGGGCAAGCUGGUAUACUUGGGCCGUCUGCCUCAGUACGACUCCAUCGGUUCCAACUGGAGAGAAAUCCGAAUCGUCGGUGACAUUGCCGUCAUUGGUUCCGAGGCCAUCAAGCACGGCGUUCAGUUCUUCGACAUGAAGAAGAUCCUCGACCUCGACCCCGCGAACCCAAAGAACUUCACCCAGGCCGAGCUCACCGGCCACUGGGACGAGCUCCCCGUCGGCCGUACCCACAACAUCGUUGUCAACCAAGAGCUCAACUACGCUAUUGCCUGCGGUUCCGUCGGUGGUAACGCGACGAUUCGUGUAAGAGACAACCUCCCCUGCCGCGGCGGGUUGAUCUUCCUAGACAUCAGCGAUCCCACCAACGUCACAAGCCCCGGAUGCGCAGCCGGCGACGGCUACGUCCACGACGCCGAGUGCCUCGUCUACCGUGGUCCCGAUACCCGCUACUACGGUAGAGAUAUCUGCUAUGGUUACAACGAAGACACCUUGACCAUCUACGAUGUCACCGACAAGACCGGCAACGUCACCAACAUCAUCUCUAUCAGCGACUACCCCGGUGCUCAGUACGUCCACCAGGGUGUCGUUAACAACGAGACUUGGCAAGAGUACAUCUUCCUCGAUGACGAGUUCGACGAGCGUGACGCCAAGGUCGGCCCGAUGACUCAGGGCCUUCCCACCACUCACAUCUUUGACAUCCGCGACCUCGAGAAGCCCGUAUACACCGGCCACUACGCCGGCAAGACCCGCUCCAUCGACCACAACCAGUAUAUCGUCGGCGGGUAUCUCUACCAGUCCAACUACGGUAAUGGUCUGAACGUCAUCGACGUCAGCACCGUCACCAAGGAUCCCACCGGCGCCAGCAUCUGUGAGGCAGGUUUCUUCGACAUCUACCCCGAAGAUGACGAGGAAGUCGGCGGCGGCAAGGUCCAGUUCGCCGGCUCAUGGUCAUCCUACGCCAACUUCAAGUCCGGCUUCAUCUUCGUCCACACUAUCGAGCGCGGUAGCUUCGUCGUCAAGAUGACUUCCAAGGAGUGCCCUAAGGCGACCGUGUGCAACGCGGAUAACUGCCUCCGUGCUCUACGGGCUUCGUCCAUCCCGGAUCGCUUGGAGGAGUCCGUCGAGUUCUGCGGCAACUUCACGCAGCGACUGAACACGGACGAGGAACUGCUGCCAGAGUAUGCCACCAGCGCUUGCGUCGAGAACAAGGACAAGAGCAAUGUUGAGAGGGUUAGCAGUGCUUGCGCUUGUAUCCCUACCCCUGUUGUGCCUGAGUUGCCCAGAACAACGACACGGCCUCCUGUGCCGACGGUGCUGCCUCCUAAAGCCUGA